UGCGCGGGGCGGAGGUGACACAAAGAGCCGUCAUUCCUCAGGACGUUCACGGUGCCCUGGAGUCGUGCAACCCCGCGACGCACAGCCGCGGGAGGAACCUGGUGCACAGCGUACUGCCUGUGAGGGGCGUAGUGCCCACGUCCCCUCCGUCGGCCAACCAUAGAGCUUUCAGACCUCCAGGAUUCCUAGAGAGCUUCCGGAAGUGCCUUUGGGGGGCAAGAUGCUUGUUGGUCGGUGUUGUGCCUCCGCAGGGUUGGAAGUUAGGGGCUGGAGGGGCCUGGUCAGGUUACAGCUGUCGCGCCGUUUUCUCCCUGCCCUUCCUCAGGUGCGCCCACCGUUGGCCAUCUCCUUUCCCCACCCCGGGCCGCCCCUGGAACUCACGAAGUGCCGUUAAAGAAGAGGCCCUUGGAAGUUUCUUCUCUUAAGAAGAUUAAAAAGGUAGUGGAAACAAGCCUCCUGAACUUUUCUGACCCUAAAUGGCUGCAGAAUCAAGAAAGUCUUUAGCCCCAUCCCCUCCAGACCAGGCUCCGGAAGAGGACCUCGUAAUUGUCAAGGUAGAGGAAGAUCAUGGUUGGGACCAGGAAUCAAGUAUACAUGAAAAUAACCCUCCUGGCCAAGAGCUGUUCCGCCUGCGCUUCAGGAAGUUAUGCUACCAGGAGACACUAGGACCCCGAGAAGCUCUGAUCCAACUCCGGGCACUUUGCCAUCAAUGGCUGAGGCCAGAUUUGAAUACCAAGGAGCAGAUCCUAGAGCUGCUAGUACUGGAGCAGUUCUUGAGCAUCCUGCCUGAGGAUCUCCAGACUCUGGUUAAGGAACAUCAGCUAGAGAAUGGAGAGGAGGUGGUGACCCUAUUGGAGGAUUUGGAAAGGCAGAUUGAUAUACUAGGACGGCCAGUCCCAGCUCGUGCACAUGGACAUGGGGUAAUCUGGGAGGAGGUGGUGCAUUCAGAAUCUGCACCAAAGCCUCCAAAUACUCAGCUCCAACCUGUGGCAACCCAGCACAAAUCUCCAGUGUUCCAUGGGCCACAAGAGAGAGCCAUUUCUACUUCUCAGAGUCCUGCCCCUUCCCAGAAAGGAUGUCCUGGAGACCAGGAGAUGACAGCUACACUUCUUACAGCAGGGUUCCAGACUUUGGAGAAGAUCGAAGACAUGGCUGUGUCCCUAAUUCGAGAGGAGUGGCUUCUCGAUCCAUCACAGAAGGAUCUGAGUAGAGAUAACAGGCCAGAGAAUUACAGAAACAUGUUCUCCCUGGGUGGUGAGACCAGGAAUGAGAACAGGGAAUUAGCUUCAAAACAGGUAAUAUCUACUGGAAUCCAACCACAUGGAGAGACAGCUGCCAAAUGCAACGGGGAUGUUAUCGGGGGUCUUGAGCAUGGAGAAGCUCGAGACCUUCUGGGCAGAUUAGAGAGGCAGCGGGGAAAUCCCACCCAAGAGAGACGACAUAAAUGUGAUGAAUGUGGGAAGAGCUUUGCUCAGAGUUCAGGCCUUGUUCGCCACUGGAGAAUCCACACUGGGGAGAAACCCUAUCAGUGUAAUGUGUGUGGUAAAGCCUUCAGUUACAGGUCAGCCCUUCUUUCCCAUCAGGAUAUCCACAACAAAGUAAAACGCUACCACUGUAAGGAGUGUGGUAAAGCCUUCAGUCAAAACACAGGCCUGAUCCUGCACCAGAGAAUCCAUACUGGGGAGAAGCCGUAUCAGUGCAAUCAGUGUGGGAAGGCUUUCAGUCAGAGUGCGGGCCUUAUUCUGCACCAGAGAAUCCACAGUGGGGAGAGACCCUAUGAAUGUAAUGAGUGUGGGAAAGCUUUCAGUCAUAGCUCACACCUCAUUGGACAUCAGAGAAUCCACACAGGGGAGAAGCCCUAUGAGUGUGAUGAGUGUGGGAAAACCUUCAGGCGAAGCUCACAUCUUAUUGGCCAUCAGAGAAGCCACACUGGGGAGAAACCCUACAAAUGCAAUGAGUGUGGGAGGGCCUUCAGUCAGAAGUCAGGCCUUAUUGAACAUCAGAGAAUCCACACUGGCGAAAGACCCUAUAAAUGUAAAGAAUGUGGGAAAGCUUUCAAUGGGAACACUGGCCUCAUUCAGCAUCUGAGAAUUCACACAGGGGAGAAGCCCUAUCAAUGUAAUGAGUGUGGGAAAGCCUUUAUUCAGAGGUCGAGUCUCAUUCGACAUCAGAGAAUCCACAGUGGAGAAAAACCUGAAUCCAUAGGAGUUUAGGAAAAAACUUCAGUCAUAGUUUGGGCAUUAUUCAAUGUUAGAGAAACCACAUGCUGGUGAGAGGUCUUUCAGUGCAGU